AUGGCAGUUGGGAGUUAGUGACCCCAAAAAGCAGCAGAGUUGUAAAGCUGCUGUGAACUCCUCAAAAGCUCUCUCUUCCCUCUUUCUUUCUUUCUUUUCUUUGCUCUGCUCUCACCUCCAUUAUUUGACAGUCUCUUCAGAGCAAAUGGGGUACCUGCACAACCUCCCAAGCUGGCAUCAUGGCCCAUUGUCAGGUGGCUACUUUUCACAAUGCCCCAAACAAAGAAAGCAAAAAAAGAAAAUCUCACUACUACCCUUUCUUUCUCCUUCUUUCUUUUCUUUUCUUUACUACCUCUAUAUACUCAAAAAUGCACAAAAUUUAACAAUAACCAUAUCGAGAUAACCCCAAAUAUACAAAUAAAGAAACAAAAAAAAGUGAUCUUUUUCAAAAAUAUCUUGUUUUUCCUUCAUAUGGGUACAGUUUCUAUUAGUAUGAUUUUGACCCAAUAAUGGAACUGGGUUCAGUUUCUUCUUCUAGUAAUUCAAGCUCAUCUGAUUCUUUGAAUGGUUUGAAGUUUGGUAAGAAAAUCUACUUUGGUAAUGUGGGUGUUGGAGUUCAGGUCAAGAAUGGAAGUGGGUCAUCGCCGGUGACCGGAGAUGGGAACCUGUCACCGGCUCCGGCUACGACUAAGAGGGGGAGGGGUGGGUUGGUGCAGGGUGGUCAGCCACCUAGGUGUCAAGUUGAAGGUUGUCAGGCAGAUCUGAGUGAUGCUAAGGCUUACUAUUCUAGGCAUAAAGUUUGUGGUAUGCACUCUAAGUCUCCUACUGUUGUUGUUGCUGGUCUUGAACAGAGGUUUUGUCAACAGUGUAGCAGGUUCCAUCAAUUGCCUGAAUUUGACCAAGGGAAAAGGAGUUGCCGCAGGAGAUUGGCAUGCCAUAAUGAGCGCCGUAGAAAGCCUCCAUCUGGAUCUCUUUUCUCUACACACUAUGGGAAUCUUUCUUCAUCAAUUUUUGAAAAUAAUAGCAGCAGAUCCGGAAGCUUUCUGGUAGACUUCAGCUCACACCAAAGUGUCAAUGAGAGUUCAUGGCCAAAUACUAGAGCCUCUGAACAAGGAUGGGAUCAUCAAUCAACUGCAUCAGGGAAGUUCCUCCAACGUCCUUGGCUGAAUAACUCUGAAAAUGCUGCUAGUGAGCUUGUUUUGCAAGGUUCAGCUACCAGGACCAGUUAUCCUGGUGUUCCUUCAGGAGACUAUUUUCCUGGAGUCUCAGAUUCAAGUGGUGCUCUCUCUCUUCUGUCAAAUCGGUCCUGGGGAUCAAGGAAUCGAUCCCCAAGUCUUGGGGUUAACAGCCAAGUUCACAUUGAUGGGAUACACACCAUUCAACCUUCAGGUUCCCAUGGUGCACCUACCAAUCACUUCUCAAGCUCUUCAUUGGGUUUUAAAGGAAAUGAAGCUAGCAGCAGUUCGCAUGAGAUGCCUCCUGAUCUCGGUUUGGGUCAAAUGUUACAAGCUUCUGAUAAUCCUUACUGUGGCGAGCUUGGGAUGGCUCAGCAUGGUGAUGGAAGACAAUACAUGGAACUGGACCAGUCUAAGGGUUAUCAUCCUUCUGUUCAGAAUGUGCACUGGACUCUUUGAUUGUCCUAACCUUCGUUUAUGAUCAUGGUUGUAAGAUCAUUUUGCUCAUUAACUAGUUUGAUGUCUACGGGGCUGUCUGAUGACGAAUGACCUUUAUUAUCAUGCAACUUCUGUGCAUUUAUGUUUAGCUAGACUCAAGAUGACUAUCGUUUUCUUCUUGAACUGUUCGAUGACUUGCUUCGAUUUUUUCCUCUUGCUAAAUGAUAUUCAAGGGGGUAAAUGAAGUUUGAACAUUUAUCAAUAAAUAGGCUUCAUUAUGACGCCCA